AUGUUUGAGAAUAAUGUCAUACGUGAGCUUAAAGACGCAGUCUCCCUACUUCCUGACGCCGUUAACAAGUUCGACACUGCAGCCCAAGCACAGAUCAAGGAUGCGGCCGAGACGGCGAUCACAAAGGCGGCUGAGCAGAUUAGUGAGGAUAAUUUUAACAUAACGCUUGGUGAUGAUCUUAUGAAAGAGUUUGAAGAAGCUCACGAGAAAAUCAGGGAUACCAAUGAUGGCCUCCAACCGAAACUUCAAGCUCUGGUUGAUACGCACAUCGGGAAGCGUGAGGCGGCAGGGGCUCUACCAUUUCGUAUAGUAGAGGAAGUCAAACUUGCUAAAGACCAUUUUACGCUUUACAGAGCGCAUGUUAAACAGCCCGUGAGCUCAAUUCUAACAGGUAAAUCAGAAGCAAAUGAAGGCCUUCUUCCAGCGGCGAUCGGGAAAAUCAAGACUCAGGUGGACACCGCACUGAAAUUAAUCGAUACAAAUGGCGGCCACAAAGCAGAAAUAGAUAAAGAUACCUUCACCGGUCCGUUUGAAAAAAUUAAGACAGAGCUUGAAGGGAUCAAGAAAUUGGUUACGAAGGAGGGUGAUCCCAAGGGCCCGGAAGACGGUGCGAAGGAUCUGUUGGAGAAGCUAAAAAAUGCACUGAAUACAGGAACGUUGGAGGGAGCUGUAAAAGGCCUUGACGCAAUCAAAACGGCGAUUGACGGUCUGAAAAAAGGGAAUUUACAUGCCGGGCCAGAAGCAAUUGAGAAAGCCAUCGGCCUUAUUAAGACGCAGCUUAAGACCCUCAGAGGUCUUUUGAAAGCCGCAUCAGGCUACGACGUGAUUGAAACGUCGACGGAUUUGAGAGACAAGGGGCUUGCGAAUGAGGCAGGUUGGAGGAUAUUUAGUGCUAGAAAUACUCUCGCUGGCCUUGGAAGACUGCACGAGCGUCUUGGAUAUCAGAAUGGUAUUCUGGCCAAGCAACCUGCCAUGAUUGAUGCGGCCAUAAGAGGAACACGAGAUGGCCUUGCAGUCAUCGGAUAUAAGUUGGAUCACAAAGAUCUCACAGACGACGUACUUGACCCUUUACGGUGGUUAAAAAACAAGACCGGCAAGGAUCAGGACAUACGCGGCAGCUUGAAAGACAUUUAUUAUACACUUUAUUGGCUGCAAAGGGAGCAAUUUACUAAUUGUCCCCAAAUCAUCCAUGAAGCCAACGAAGCAAUUAAAGAUUAA